AUGCUCACGAAACAGAAUCUAAAUGAAAAUAGAAGGUCUUGUGUUCAGCUGUUACAGAUUAUCACUUUGAACUUCCCACAGAUGAGCAACCAAGUCAUUAAAAUUUCUAAUUUGUAUGUGGGAACUAAAAGGUUUCUUCAUUCCUUAUUCAGUGUUCCACAAGCAUAUUCUCUUAAUUCAUCUUCCAACACAUGCUACAGCAAUUUAGCUGUCCAUGCGACAUUUCAAAUAAUGGCAGCAUUGUACAAACAUUUUGAACAAAAGCAACAACGUCAGAAUGGAAUCAAUUUAGGCUCCACAAGUACUUUUUUUCUUCUUUUUCUAUUGUCCCAAGCAAAUAUAACAAUUUUCAAUGUGCCACACAGUGCUGCUGACGAUCAAUUAAAUUUUGACUUUAAAGAAUGGAAAAAUGAAUAUCAUUUCAAAGCCAAUCAAUUACCCAACUCUGGAUGUGAAUAUUCAAAAGCUACUACACAUAAAGUGCCUAACUUAUGUACUUUUUUUUGUUAA